AUGUACGACAAACUGCGAUCAGGUAUGCUGGAGCAAAAUGCCGAUGAUGGAAUUGAAGCCAAGGUUCCAUCAUCCGCACAGCGAAUGGAACUAGCCAGUGAAUGUUUGGACCAUUUAGUGGCGACUCGAGAUACAUUUGGAAUUGUCUUCUCCUUUGUACUCUUGUAUAUUGCGCGUCACCCAAAGGCUCAAAAGAGACUCCACGAGGAGCUACGUUCCAUGACUGGCGUUUUCCGACCUAACAACAAUUCUGAGGAUUCGAUGCCAUCUGCGAAAGAUUUAGAGUCACUGCCUUACCUCAAUGCCGUGUUGAGGGAGUCCAUUCGUUUACGUGGUAAUGUCCCUACUUCUAAUCCGCGUUAUACCCCAGCGGGCACAGCGACAACUCUGGGACCUUACAAGAAUAUUCCUCCAGGUGUGAGGAUUAGCGCUUUUGCUUGGUGUUUGCAUAGAAACGAAGACAUAUUCCCAGACGCAGAAGCAUGGAUACCAGAGCGUUGGCUCAAUGAAGAUAAAACAAAAUUUGAACCCGGUGAGCUUGAGCGAUGGUUUUGGGCAUUUGGAACAGGCAGCCGUCGCUGCCUGGGACAGAAUCUGGCAUUAGAAAGUGAGAUGAUCCUCCGCUCUUCCCAAGUUUGA